AUAAUAACAAUAAUAAUAAUAUAUCUAAUGUGUAAAUAUAUUAGAUUCUCGUAUAGACAGAGACUAUUUUCGAAAGGUUUUUUAUUAAAUGAUUAUGAAAUCAACAUUUCAUUGGUUGAUUUAGCUAUACUUACAAUUUAUAUAUAUAUAUAUAUAUAUAUAUUCUUCUUCCCCAAUUUGGUUUAUACUAUUGAACCCAUUGCCCUUUAAACCCUCUCUCUCUCCUCCAAAAAUCCAUUAUCAGAUCAACAAAGAGUGGUAUUGAGCUAAGUUGGUGCUGAAUUGUUUAGGGGUGUUAUCAAGAUUCAAUAUUUAUGGUGUUUUGGCUUGUUGGGGGGAUGCUAAAGAUUUGAUUUUGACAAGAUUUGUGGAAGUCCCAAAAUGGGGUUUUUUGUAUGUAGUGUUAUUGAGCUAAGUUUGUGCUGAAUUUAUCUAUCAUGGGUGUUAUCAAGAUUCGAUUUUUAUGGUGUUUUGGAAUUGGGGUUAGUUAGAUUGAGUUGUUGUUGGUAUGUUGGAUCGUGAUGAAUUGUGGGUGAUUGUUUUUUUGAAGUUUAGUGUUUUGGGAGUUUCAAGAAUGUGUUUUUAGGACGGAGAAAAUGGAUUAUAAGGGCUGAUUUUUGGUUGUGAAGUUGGGGUUUUCGCGUUAUAUUUUGAGAGUUUCAAGAUUGUAUUUUUAGGACGGGGAAAAAGGAUUUAAGUGCUGAUUUCUGGUUGCGACUUGCGAAGGCGUUGGGAUUUUGGGAUUUUUCAGUUCUGAGAAGUUACAAAUUGAUUUUGGAAAAUGAAUAGUUCUGGUAUGGGUGGUGGUUUUUUAUCAGGGUAUAAUGGUGGAUUUUUGGGGAUGAAUAGGCUGCAACAGCCGCAGUCGAUUAGUAAUAAUGCAGUUCAUGGUCAUCAGACGAAUCACAGUAACGUUCAAUUGUCGGUGAGUGCGAAUUUGGGGCUUGAACAUGAUAAACCAAUUGGUUUGAUGGAUGUAAAAGGUUGUAUGGCUUUUGGGAAGGAUAAAGCAGCUGGUCCAAGUAACGUUGUGAAUACCGGUAAUAAUCCUAAUAACAAUACGAGCGACGAGGAUGAGCCUAGCUUUACGGAGGAUGGGAAUGGUGAUAACAACUGUGGGGCACUGGGGAAAAAGGCAUCUCCGUGGCAGAGAAUGAAGUGGACGGAUAAUGUUGUUAGGCUUCUUAUACAAGUAGUUGCAUGUGUUGGAGAUGACGGUAGUUUGGAGGGUCCUGAAGUGGGGUUGAAGAGGAAAUCGGGUUGCAUUCAGAAAAAGGGUAAAUGGAAAACAGUCUCGCGAUUAAUGAUGAGCAACGGUUGUCAUGUCUCGCCUCAGCAGUGUGAGGACAAGUUUAACGAUUUGAACAAGAGGUACAAGAAAUUGAAUGACAUUCUUGGGAGGGGUACUUCUUGUGCCGUAGUGGAAAAUCCGUCUCUAAUGGACUCCAUGCCGCAGCUUUCCGACAAGGCCAAGGACACAGUGAAAAAGAUACUCAACUCAAAACAUUUGUUCUAUCGAGAGAUGUGUGCUUACCAUAACGGACAAAAGAUACCUGAUUGCAACGAUCUUGAAUUUCCAGUUCACUCUUCACCUGUUGCGUCACAGUGUGCAAAAGAUCAUACUGGCUCCCAGGGACAUGAAGCUGAAGAAAAUGAUGAAAGUGAUGACGAUGAUGAAGAAUCGGAUGAUGAAGAAGAUAACCAUGGUAACGGUGAUGCACAUAGACGAGUUGAAGAAGAUGGUAGCUUUCAGCCACAAACUAGCGGGAAUGAUAAUUUUUUGUCUGAAAUUAAUGAAUUUUUUCAAGACCCUACGAAGUCCAAGUGGGAACAGAGAAUGUGGAUUAAGAAACGGAUGCUACAACUAGAAGAGGAAAAGAUCGGAAUCCAAGCUGAAGCCUUUGAAUUAGAGAAACGUCAGUUUAAGUGGCAAAGGUUCUGCCAAAAGAAAGACAGGGAGCUUGAAAUAGAAAGGCUGGAGAACGAGAGAUUAAUGUUGGAGAAUGAGCAUAUGAAAUUGCAGCUGAAGCAUAAGGAGCACGAAAUAGUCAGUGCGAAGCCCAAUAUUUCUUUCAAUUCUGCACCUCUCUGCUUAGAUAGACCACAGGGAAGAGAUCAGAUUGAUGCAGCUAGGUAUCAUUAGUAUCGGAAAUCUCCAAGUUUUUAAGGCUACCGGUAUGCCCUUCAACCCCUUUUGUAAAAUCUUUUACAGCUCAACAUUCAUCAAACGUGUUAAAUCGCUGCUCUUAAAUUCUCCUAGUAUUUUCUCUAGAAUUUACUGCAUCAGUUUGUCAUGGAGUUUGUCGUUGGCCUUAUAUAAUCAGUAGUUACGAACCA